CUCUUUACUGUCAUGUCUUUUAAUAUUCCAGGCUAUUUUCUAGAUCAAAAAACAAAAAAGCUAUUUAAAAUCACCCAACAUGGUCCCUUUAGUUUAAAGGAGUUACAAAAGAGAGUUAAAGCAGAGGAAGAGCAAGAGGCUGCCGAAGCUGCCAAAAGCCAAAGCUCGAAGUCUUGCAACACACCUAAGCAGCGUUCACCAGUAAACAUUACUCAAUUUCUUCGCCAAAGAGCAACCCUCGGCUCGAUAAAUAACCCGUUAUUAAACAAUGGCGCGACACAUAGCCCAUCCGGUAUACCCUUUCUCAUGACCCAGCUUAAACAUCGGACCUCAGUAGAACUGGAAGGACCAAAGCGAAUGUAUGACAACAUGAAGGUCGACCUGACAGCCGAUCCCGAUUAUGGCGAAAUGAUCAUGUCCCAUCGAUCUGGGAAACUAGUGAGAUUUGGAUAUCAAGUGAACCCUGGAUUUCAAAUUUGGAAUGCAGGUUCCGACUGGAGCACUGGAUCGUCGGACGCUUUAUCUUUGCAAUUUGGAACGUAUAACUUUAUGCUGAAUGGUCAGGAACGUAGAACUAUUGUGGGUACGAGUGGAGGUAAUCUUUGGAGGCAUUCUGUGCCAGUGCUACCACAUAUACAGCGCGACGAUCUUAGUCAGCAUUUCCUCACUUCAAAUGGAUCGAUUCGAGAUGAUACAAAUAUAUUACCAACUCCAACUGUCUCUUAUUUGGAUUAUAUAUGGCCUUCUGCUGAUUCCUUAUUCACUAAAAAUAAGGAUUUGUUUUGGUCUUCUAGUGUCUAUGAUGAACAUGAUCAUGUGGUGGUUGGAGGGGAUCAGGCCUUAUAUCAAUUAUCCAGCGCAUUUGAACCUAUCAGCUCUCGAAAAGUUAAAUCGUCCAUCUUUACAACUCACCUUCCUAAUGAUCAACCAAAUAUAUGCUGGAUAGGCUCAAGAAAUGGUUUAAUCCAAUCCAUCGAUUUUAGACAGAAGAAUAUCAACAUCAAUACAGAAUUUAAGCAAUCAUCUUCUGUUGUUGAAAUUCAUACUUUGAAUGGAUUCGAAUUAUUGACAAUUGGAAUGGAUGGAUCAGUGGAUAUUUGGGAUAAGAGGCAGCCAAAGCAAUAUAGCAAUCAGCAUCGCAAUAGAGGGAAGGGAGGAUACCAUCCACAGGCAACUAAUUUACCUAGCCCCAUUCGAACAUUAAAGGGUCACAUAAAUGAGAGCAGUUCUAAUUUAGGUUUCGAUAUUGACUUGGAGAAUAAUUUACUUAUGCUAUCUGGAAGCGAUGGGAUUGUUCGAAUCUGGUCAAUGUUUAGCAGUAACACCAACGAGCCUAUUUGGUGCUCAGAAAAAUUCUCUACUCCUGUCCCGGCUGCGAAAUUCAUUGUCAACCAAAAUCAACGCCCUCGUUUACAAGAUGGCUGGGCCUCCUUGAUAAAGGAACCUGCGUUAUCUAGACAUUGCCCUGGUAUCAUUUUGUUCGGUACUACUCAUGAAGAUAGUGAUGUGAGUUCUGUCCAAUGGCUGACUGCAUUAAAAUAAUCAACAAAUACAUAAAUCGCUCAUCAUGAAAGUCAAUUAUUAUUAAAUGAAAUGUACAUAUGUCAAUAUAUAUCUGUAAAUAAAAUUACUAAAUUAUCAGUUCAAA